AUGCACGAAGCCUCUGUUCACAAAGAGUUUCUGAAGGAAUGCCUUCUUAUGUUUAAAAGCCUUAACGUUCUUCGGUGCCCACGGAAGCCUGCUUGCAUUCGCGGUUUCUGCUUGACCAUUCGGUCUGUGAUGCUGAUUUGUGAGCACCUGACAUCUGAGUAUGUUUUCAGAUACCUUCUGACUCGCGAUCUCAACCAAGAUGCACUCGAAAGCACAUUCUCCGUAAUAAGGUCAAAGUCUGGUGCGAACGCCAAUUUCUUUUGCUGGCAGUUUCAAGCAGCCUUUAGGCAUCUCCUAGUUAGCAACUUGUUUAAACUGUCCAACAAGAGCAACUGCGAAGAGGACAUGACAACUCUUUUAGCGGCUCUUCCUGUUGGUCUCUCAGCUCCCUCACCUUCACUUAGUCUAGGAAGCUCACGUCCACAAUGUGCAGCUGACCUCACAUCCUGUAGCUAUCCCUCUUUAUUAUCACUUAACAACUUGGUUUACUUUGCUGGAUGGCUGGUAACAAGGUUUGUCAAGUUUCGUACAUGUCAAAACGUGACUUAG